AUAUGUGGUCCACUAUCAAAAAUGAUAAAAGUGAAAUGUGACAAAUUUUGUGGGAUGGACGGAAAUGGAAAAAUGGGACAAUCUUUGCGGGACGGAGGGAGUAUAUAUACUUGCGGGUUGGGAAGGCUCCUCGGUAGAUGGUAGAGUUCUUCGAGAUGCUUUAAGUAGAAGAAAUGGAUUGCCAAUAAAGGAUGGUUACUACUAUUUAGUUGAUGCGGGCUAUACGAAUGGUAAAGGCUUUCUUGCCCCUUUUAGAGAUCAACGAUAUCAUCUUAGUGAAUGGAGGAAUGGACGUCAAUCAACAACUCCAGAAGAAUUUUUUAAUAUGAAGCACACAUCUGCUAGAAAUGUUAUUGAGAGGUGUUUUGGAAUGCUAAAGAUGCGUUGGGGAAUCAUUAGAAAUUCGAAUAUUUAUCCAAUCAAGCAACAAGGCAGAAUUAUUAUGCCGUGUUUUCUUCUUCAAAGUCACAUUAGAGAACAUAUGCAUGUUGAUCCCAUUGAAAAUGUCUAUGGUGAUGAUUCUCAAAAUGAAGAAGAGGAUAGUGGAUUAGAUGGAGAGCCAGUCACAUAUGUUGAACCAACUCAAGAAUGGACAAAUUGGAGAUACAAUUUUGCUAACCAAAUAUUUAAUGAUUGGAUGCAAAAUAGACAUGUUGCUUGAUAUUAUUAUUGUACUUUUUCACAAUAUUUGAACUCUAUUUGUCAUGAUGAUACUCUAGCUUUUUUAUGUAAUAGUUUAGGAUGCUUAUGACAUUUUGAAUUGCAAUGCUUAUUAAUUUUUUAUGAUUCAUAUAAGUUUUCAAUUAGUAGAUUCAUGAAAGUUGUUGGCUUUUUUAGCAUUAACUCCAUUAUAUUAUCCGAUA